AUGAGGGUGGAUCUGUGGGACCAUGAAGGUGGGACUGCUUUCGCAGAGAACAACAGCACCCUCUUCCUUUUAUGCACUGCAAAGCAAUCCAGCAGCUUCAAAUCCAACCUCAAAUGUGACGCCAUCUGUGGCAUUCAUCAAAGUAUUGACCAGAAUGGCAAUGGCUUCAGCACCACUGACUGUGAAAACGAUGGGUGCUCCCCAUGUACCGUGGGUGACAUGAUAGUGACUGUUCCUCUUCAGAAGGUGGUGGUGGCUGAUGCUGGCAUGAAUUUUACUCCUGGGGACAGAAAUGUGACAAAGGUCUGGAAUCAUCGGGACUUUGUUCAAGCUGUCAGCAUGAACGUGACCGUUGUGGUCCUGGGCAUCACCAUCAACUACAUCAGCGCCGCCAUGAUCUGCACGUUCACCAGGCAUGAUAUCUUCAAGCAGAACCCUCGCUACAUCCUUUUCGUCCACCUAGUGCUGAACAACAUGAUCCAGCUGACCACCAGCAUUACCCUUUUCAUCUGUUCCUACGCCUUCGGCACCAUUGUUGUCACCGUCUGUUUGCUGGUCAUCCUGCCAGCCAUCAUCACCACAAAUAACACUCCUCUGAACCUCGCUUUUAUGGCAGCAGAGUGCUGCAUUUCUGUCUGCAUGCCCCUCCGCUACGACUACAUAUGCACUGUCAAAAGAACAUAUAUUGUAAUUGGCAUAAUCUGGGCUAUAAGUUCUGCUUCUGUCCUGCCAGAUGUCUUCUUAAUGUUUGCCACUGAACAGAUGGAGUUCUUUCACACCAGAGUGUUCUGCAUCAGGGACACUACAUUCAGGAGCAGCUACAGUAAAUCCAAGAGGGACGUGUCUUACAUCCUGUUACUGGUGGUGGUUUGGCUCUCGCUGUUCUACUGUUACUUUAGAAUUUUGUUUGUGGCCAAAACUGUUAAUGCAGAUGCUAAAAAGGCAAGAAACACCAUCGUGCUCCACGGAUUUCAGCUUGUGUUGUGCAUGACGGUCUAUGUGCAGCCAAUGUUGACUCGGGUUCUCACGUACUCCUUCCCUAAAGGGACACGGUACAUAUACUUUUUUAAUUUUAUCAUACACCAAAUUCUUCCACGCUUUGCAAAUCCCAUCAUCUAUGGGCUACGCGACAAGCACUUCAAAAAGUAUUUGAAAAGGUAUCUGUGUACAUUUAACAGCCAUUCAAAGACAGCACCGAAGACGUCUUAAACCUCUGAGCUACAAGCGCUUUCAUCGAUUUUUUUUCUCACGUUCUCACUGUGGGCUCAUUUUUCACUUCAGCAUAAAGUCCUGUAACUCUGUGGAAAUGACUGGAACUCAGACAUGUUUAUUGUGCAAUGUAAAAGAGUCAUGAUGCCAUAAAUCAGUCGAAAAACAUUUUUCCCAUUCUUAACAUCCUAUUAGUGCCCACAGAUGUUUAAGACGUACAUUUUUACAGCCUCUACACACUGUGCACUCAUACAUCCACUCCAGAAGUAUAUUUCAUGCUGAAUGUUUCUUCCAACAGCUGGCUCCAUUUGAUGCAGUUUUUGAAUCAUGCAGCAUCUGUUGUGUUGACUGUCUGUCUUUUUUUUUUCACUCUCUGUAAUUUGUUUCCACACUUACCUCUGCUCUCUGUACAUGUGGUCAGAUGCAGUUCAUCCAAACAGUCCAUGUGACUG